AUGGCUCUCAAACGCAUCCAGAAGGAACUAAUCGAUAUUCGUCGCGAUCCGCCACCAUCAUGCAGCGCAGGGCCAGCGGGGGAUAAUCUUUUUCACUGGAAAGCCACUUUAAUUGGCCCCAGCGAGACUCCCUACGAAGGCGGGGUCUUCUUCCUAUCAAUAACAUUCCCCUCGAGCUACCCGCUCAAGCCACCCAAGGUCACAUUCGACACGCCCGUCGUGCACCCGAACGUGUUCGAGGGAGGGUCUAUUUGUCUGGACAUUCUGAAAGAGCAGUGGACACCGGCGCUGACGAUCACGAAUGUGCUGUUGUCGAUCUCGUCGUUACUGGCGGAGAAUCAUGAUAGCGAGUCUGCGAGGCAGAUGACGCGGGAACAUGCGAUGCAUAGAGCUGGUGCUCAGCAGCUGGAGUAG